GUCGACACCCUCCCAUAUUACGACCUGCCUCUUGGACAGCAUGGACGUCAUGCUCCUCGCCGUCGGCUUCGAACACGAGCUCAAAUACGCCAACGCCGCCUGCCGCUCAUACUUGCAGCGCUACGGCCUGUGCGGCAACGAUCACGCCGCUACGUCGGAGCUGCUCGCGCGCGGGCUGCGCAUGGUUGAGCUCACCUUCGGCAGGGCGCUCCCGUUCCAGGACUGGCCCGCGUACCGCGCCGCGCGCGGCGAGGUCGUGGAGGAGCACCUGCUCGACUGCGAGGUUGUCGCGACGGGCGCGCGCCGGAUCCUCCGCAUCGCGGCGACGCCGCUGCGCGACGCCCACGGGACGCUCAUGGGCGGCCUUGCGCGGUUCCUGGACGUGACGGACUUCGAGCGCGCGGUCGGGCGCGAGAUCGCGGCCAAGGGCGAGCAGUAUUUUCAGCUCGUGUGCGAGUCGAUACCGCAGAUCAUGUGGACCGCGCGACCCGACGGGUUCCACGACUGGUUCAACCAGACGUGGUGGAAGUUUACGGGCGCGUCGGUCGAGAGCAGCAUGGGCGUCGGCUGGCGGUCAAUGUUCCAUCCGGAGGAUAUGGCGGAAGCUAACAAGGUAUGGUCUCAUUCGUUGCGAACGGGCGAGCCGUACAAUGUGCAGUAUCGGUGCAGGCGUCGAGACGGCGUCUGGCGCUGGAUGCUGGGAACCGCCCGGCCUUUGCGCGACGGCAGUGGUGAGAUCGUGAAGUGGUUCGGAAGCUGUACGGAUAUCAAUGAUACCGUUGAAGCUUUGUACGGCGCACGAAGAUCGCAAGCCCACUUAUCGUCCGUGAUCACUCACGCCGCGAUCACUCUCUGGGCCGUGGACAAGAACGGCGUUAUCACGGUCGCCGAAGGCGACGGCGCGAAGAGGCUCAAGCUGGUGCAGACCAGUCCCGCGGACAGCGCGGAGCAGUCGCCGACGCAGCAGCCCGCGCACCUCGACGGCGGCCCGCGCGCACGGGCGAAGCCCGGUCGCACGCACAGCCCGACGCUGGUCGGGAAGAGCAUCUACGACGUGUGGAAGCCGGAGACGAAGGAGUACAUCGCGCGCGCGCUGGGGGGCGAGACGGUGGUGAAGGAGAUGGAGAUGGACGGGCGCUGGUUCAGGACGUCGUAUACGCCCAUGCGCGAGCGCUCGAUGCUGUUUCCGUCGGGGUACUCGGAGCUGACGGAGGAGGAGGAGGAGAUCACGGGCGUUGUCGGCGCGAGUAUGGAUAUUACGGCGCAGAAGGAGGCGGAGAAGAUGAUGGAGGAGAGCGCGAGGGAGAAGAUGAGGGCGUUGAGCGCGGAGACGGCGGCGAAAGAGGCUAGUCGGCUCAAGAGCGAGUUUUUGGCGAACAUGAGCCACGAGAUCAGAACUCCCAUAGCAGGCGUUAUCGGCAUGUCGGAGCUCCUGUGCAGCACUCCGCUCACGCAGGAGCAGCGCGAAUACGCGGAGAACAUCCAACGAUCUGCGGACGCGCUGCUACAGGUCAUCAACGACAUCUUGGACUUCUCUAAGGUGGAAAUCGGCAAGUUGGACAUUGAGAACGCGCCAUUCCGCUUGGAUAUGGUCAUCGAGGACACCGUGAAGAUGCUUGGCUUCGCGACGCGGAAGAAGGGUCUGACCUUCGGCGAGGACGUGAAACUGGAACACGCUGAAUGGGUGAUGGGCGACGCCGGCCGGGUGCGGCAGGUGAUCACUAACUUACUCACCAACGCGAUAAAGUUUACCUCUGAAGGUUCCAUCGGCCUCGCUGCGUUGGAAGAGAACGUGAGCGAAGAGGUGGUGCAAGUGAAGGUGGUCGUCACGGAUACUGGCUGUGGUAUUCCUGCGGCACACCUCGGUCGGCUGUUUCGCCCGUUUUCACAAGGCGACACGUCCACUGCUCGUCGAUUUGGGGGCACUGGACUCGGCUUGACCAUCAGCAAAAAUCUCGUCGAGCUCAUGGGCGGGCGCAUUGGCCUCGAAUCGGAGGAAGGCGUUGGCUCCACCGCUUGGUUCUCGAUACCCUUCAAGCGGACGAAGCCUCCACCUGCUGGAAUGCCUCAGACUCACGAAGAGGUCUGCGGGCGACCGUACUCGCCGCGAGAUAGCAUCGCGACGCUUCUCGAGGGUUCUCCGCGCAGUUCUCCGCGCAGUUCUCCGGGGUUGGAUGUGCUUUCUUCCGUGGGCAGCGUCGCGAGAAGACCUAGGAGCUCAGUGUGGGUCCUCGUGGCGGAGGACAACCUGAUGAACCAGAAGAUUGCGCUGCAGAUGUUGCAAAAGAUGGGGUUCAACGCUCUGGCGGCGAACAACGGCCAGGAAGCCCUUACGGAACUCACGCGCAAAUCGUACGACCUUGUGCUCAUGGAUUGUCAGAUGCCCGAGAUGGAUGGCUAUGAAGCCACCACCAGGCUACGGAGCAUGCCGCAGACGAUGCAUAUACCGGUGAUCGCGAUGACGGCGUCGGCCAUACGCGGCGACCGGGAGAAGUGCCUUGACAAGGGCAUGUCCGACUACCUUUCCAAGCCGGUCAAGAGCCGUGUACUGGAGGAGAUGAUCCUCAAAUGGCUGCCUGAUGUCGCGGAGCUGCCUUCGCCUCCGCCUGGUACGCCGUUACCGCCGGCUCGCUCGCCGGAGAGGAGAAGGUCGCGAGAGAUCCGUGACAGGCCCGCGACGGGCAUCAGCCCUCCGUCUCCUGCGAGGGCCGGCCCGGCGACUCGUCGGAGCCUGGAGUCGAACGCGUCGUCGAGGGUGCCUACCUCUCCGCUUGCGUCGACGAGCACGUCGCUCAGCACGAACGGGAGCAUGUCGUCGACGUCGCAGUCGCAGGCCUGGGCGACGGCGCCCUCCGGCGCGUCGUCGUUUUCGUCGGUCGCGAGCCAACCUCAGUCGGGCGGGAGGAAGAGCCUGGACGGCGCGAGGGCGCCCGCUUCGCCCAAGUCGCCGACGGUCAGGCUGAAGCCGUUACCGGACGCAGCGCCUGUACAGCUCCCCGCGGUCGCUCAGCCCCCCGUGCCGACUCCGGGUGUGCUCGGGCUCGGCAUCAGCUCCUCCCCUUCGCCCGCGCUUGGCGCGGAGCCGCCCCGACCGGCGGAAGAGCGGUUGCCCUCCAAGUCGCCCCCGUCCGGGUUUAGGAACCUGCUCAAGAAGAAAACGUCGCCUGCCGUCGAGGGGAGCGGCGGGAAGUCGUCCGACGCGCAGCAUCACGGGAGGAGUUUGAGCGACACCCUCGCCGCGCAUUCGCGCCGGGAACGGCGGAUGCUGAAGAAGUAACGCGGCUCUUUGGGCGGCAGACUUUGUGGAUGAAGGUUGGAAGGGUCAGUUUAUCGAUCACUACACUGUACCAUUUGCGAUUGACCGCCUUUGUGCGGUGCGGGGUCCGUGCUGACUUGGCAAAAUCGAGUGGUAGGUUGAUAGACCAGUUGUAUAUAUUCGUGGACUGCUUGCUGCAUUGCUUAUUGGGUAUAAUAGCGGUAGCAUACAUACUGUACACAACCUAAUAGGACUGUUUAUAUUAAGAGGGGUUGAAAGGAGCUAGCC